CUGCAUGAUCAACUGAUGGACACACAGAAGCUCACUGGCUUUCUCUUUCACUGCUCUAAAUCCCAUCUUUUCUGGGUGUUUUGGGGUUUCCCUUGUGUUUUCUUGCUUGACUUCAUUUUCGAGGUGAAGCAAAAGUCUUAAGCGUGGUCUUUUUUCCACCUCCCUCACUUUCUUGGAGUUUCUGUUUCCUUCAUUUGGGAUUUUUUCUCCCUUUUUUUUUUUUUAAAUUUCCAGCCGGAUCGCCUGCUCUUCUGUGUGUAGAUCAACCCUUCCUUUCCCCCUGCUCUCCUUUUCCUUUUCCUCCCAUUUUCCUCCGUUCCUCAUCUCCUCGUGUGUGGUUUUUGGGCUAUGCUCUCCUCACCCACUGUGAUCCUCCAGCCUUAUGGACUCCCCGUCUACCCACAGGCAACCACAUGCUACCCCAGCAUAGUUCAGGGGGCCCCCACUCAGGAGGCUGCCCCAGGCAGCGCAGACCCUGCCCUGCCUCAGGUCUAUGCCCCGCCUCCCUCUUACCCCCCACCAGGUCAAGGUCCCCCAACGUCCGCCAGCAGACUGCCAACUCUCGACUUUAGCUCUGCACAUCCGAGCUCAGAGUACCAGGAACAUCCCCAGCUCAGAGUCUAUCAGGGCCCUCAGCACGAUGGGGGCGACUCUCUGACAUCUGGCAACACGGAGGACUCUUUGGUCCCCGUGACCUCUGACCCCCAGUCUCUCAGUGUGUCCGUGUCAUCGGGGGGCGGGGCAGGAAGCGGUAGCGAGGAAGAGGGGUCAGGUAAGACCCAACCGAAACGCCUCCAUGUCUCGAACAUCCCCUUUCGCUUUAGAGACCCAGACCUCCGCCAGAUGUUUGGGCAAUUUGGCAAGAUCCUCGAUGUAGAGAUUAUCUUCAAUGAGAGGGGGUCAAAGGGCUUUGGAUUCGUCACUUUCGAGAAUGCCACCGAGGCUGACAGAGCAAGAGAAAAGCUGAACGGGACAAUCGUGGAAGGGAGGAAGAUCGAGGUUAAUAAUGCCACUGCACGAGUAGUUACCAAGAAACCCCAAACGCCUCUCGUGAACGGUGAAAUCUCAACUUCCGGUUGGAAGAUCAACCCGGUCAUGGGGGCCAUGUACGCGCCUGAGCUCUAUACAGUUGCCAGUUUUCCGUACCCUGUAGCGACUCCUACGCUGGCCUACCGCGGUUCAGCGCUGCGUGGUCGGGGUCGAGCUGUCUACAACACAAUUCGCUCCACUGCAACCACACCUGCCGCUGUCCCCACCUACCCUGGGGUUGUGUAUCAGGAUGGACUGUAUGGAGCAGAAGUCUAUGGCGGAUACCCUGCAGCAUACAGAGUGGCUCAGUCAGCAUCUGCUGCCACUGCGACCUACAGUGAUGGAUAUGGACGGGUUUACGCUCCAGAGCCCUAUCACCACUCAGUCGGACCAACAACAUAUGGGGUCGGUACAAUGGCCAGUUUGUACAGAGGAGGAUACAACCGCUUCACCCCCUACUGAGGCCCGGUGAAGGGCGGGGUCGUCGGGCAUCUCUGUUGAACUUUGGGACACUGCAGGGCAGAUUACAAUAAUCCUUAAGAACAACCUCGGAAAUGUGGCACACGAGGUGUCACCUCCUGUCUCCAUCACAACCUCUCCUCGGGAGACUAAACAGACUGAAGGUUAAAAUACUGUAGGACCCCCUUACCGUCCGCUCUGCUGGAGAAUACGUAGGAGACACUGUCGCUUGAAACCUUUUAAUGCUUUUUUUUAAUUUUAAGAAUGGAUAGGUGGUUAAAAAAAUACUGUGAGAUUCUUGUGUUUAAUAAUUUGGGAUUUUUUUUUUCAGGGGUCAAACUGUGCAAAAACACAUUUUGUACAAUUUUAAAUGAUUUAUUUUUGUUGGCAUUUAUCUACUGUUUUGAGUGUGUGUGAGUGCGUGUGAGUGGGAAUGUCUGUGAGUUUCAACAUCAAGAGAGAGAGUUGGCUGUGACACUGAUAUUGCAACUAAAAACACAAAAAUAAUGUUUAUCAGCUGGACUUAUUUUUAUUUCUAACAAUCUACCUCUAAAUCUACAUGUUUAGCUUUUCAUACAGCCGUUACAUUUAAUCCUUGAUUGCAGUUUCUUGAGUCCUUUCCUUUCUGUUCAUAAAUCCUAACACAGUGUAGUUUCUGUUUUCUGGCUUCACUCCUCGCUACCUUGCUUGAGCUUCGAUGACCGGAGGGUCACUGUCCUGUAUUUUGUCCCUCUUUUCUCCUUCAUUACUGUUAAAUGACUUCUUUUCUUGUAUCAGUUAGUUCUUCUUGGCUUUGUUUCACUCUUUUCUGCUUUGUUUGAUGUUUACCUCUGAAUAAAUCAGACUUUUUUCUCCUCUA